CAGCGCCAUAGUCACCGUAGUCCUGGCGACUGUAACCCACCAACAACAACCUCUCGCUCCAUCAUUACCACCUCCUCCACCAUCCUCAUCUCAUCAACCAGUCCACGGCUCAGGCGCCAUGCAGACCCCAGAAGCAGGCGCAGACUCCACCUCCACUGUCCCUCUUCAGACCACCGUGCCUGUCCAGCCUACCGGCUCCACCCAACAGGUGCCUGUCCAGCAACAGGCCCAGACUGUUCAACAGGUUCAGCAUGUUUACCCAGCACAGGUGCAGUAUGUGGAGGAAAACAGCAGCGUCUACACCAACGGCAACAUAAGAACCUACUCAUACUCAGAGCCGCAGCUGUACAGCCAGAACAGCGGAGGGAGCUACUUCGACACACAGGGCAGCUCGUCACAAGUGUCCACUGUGGUGACAUCUCAUGGCAUGACCAACAACGGAGAAGGGGGCAGCGGGGGAAUGAACAUGAACCUAGCGGGGGGUCAGGUCAUCAGCAGCAGUCCUGGGGCUUACAUCAUGGACAACGCUGGACCCCACCCUGCCACCCAAACCGCUCGAGCUUCCCCAGCUACCAUUGAAAUGGCGAUUGAGACACUCCAAAAAUCUGAAGGUUUAUCCAGUCAGAGAAGCUCGCUGCUCAACAGCCAUCUCCAGUGGCUGUUGGACAACUACGAGACAGCAGAGGGCGUAAGUCUACCACGAUCCACCCUCUACAAUCAUUACCUGCGCCACUGCCAGGAGCAAAAACUGGACCCUGUAAAUGCAGCCUCUUUUGGCAAACUCAUCCGCUCCAUCUUCAUGGGACUUCGUACAAGACGCCUCGGGACAAGAGGGAACUCCAAAUACCAUUACUAUGGUAUACGAGUGAAACCAGACUCCCCUCUAAACAGACUCCAAGAAGACAUGCAGUACAUGGCCCUCAGACAGCAGCCUGUACAGCAGAAACAGAGGUUCAAGCCGGUGCAGAAGUUUGACAGCUGCUCUGGGGAGAAUUACUCAGGUGGAGGUCAACCCCAUCCUGGUGCAGCAGAGCAAACGGUCAUCGCACAGAGCCAACACCACCAGCAGUUCCUGGAUGCAUCGCGGGCACUCCCUGACUUUGUGGAGCUGGACCUGGGACAGAGCAAUACAGAGAACAUCAGCGCCGAGGAUGUGAAAGCUCUCCAGUCCCUUUACAGAGAGCACUGUGAGGCUAUCCUGGAUGUGGUUGUCAACCUCCAGUUCAGUCUAAUUGAGAAGCUGUGGCAGACAUUCUGGCGCUAUUCCCCUCCUGACUCUGUAGAGGGCGCCACAAUAACAGAAAACAGCAGUGUCAGUGAGAUUGAAGCCCGGCUCCCUCGCUCACAGCUACUGGUGCUGUGCAGAAAUGAAGCUGUACUCAAAUGGAUGAGCACCUGUGACCAUCUAAUGUACCAGGCCCUUGUGGAGAUCCUUAUUCCUGAUGUCCUGAGACCCAUUCCCAGUGCCUUGACUCAAGCCAUUCGCAACUUUGCCAAAAGCCUGGAAGGUUGGCUCAAUAAUGCCAUGAAUGCCAUUCCACAGAGAAUGAUCCAGACCAAGAUUGCUGCUGUUAGUGCCUUUGCGCAAACACUACGCAGAUACACAUCUCUGAACCACCUGGCUCAGGCGGCACGCGCCGUGUUGCAGAACACGUCACAGAUCAACCAGAUGCUGAGUGAUCUCAACCGUGUUGACUUUGCCAACGUACAGGAGCAGGCAUCGUGGGUGUGCCAGUGUGAGGAGGGAGUGGUUCAGCAUCUGGAGCAAGACUUCAAAGCCACACUGCAGCAGCAGAGCUCUUUGGAGCAGUGGGCCGCCUGGCUGGACAACGUGGUCACUCAGGUGCUCAAGCCUUACGAGCAUCGGCCCAGUUUCCCCAGGGCAGCUCGACAGUUCCUGCUCAAAUGGUCCUUCUACAGUUCUAUGGUGAUCAGGGACCUGACACUGCGCAGUGCUGCCAGCUUCGGAUCCUUCCAUCUGAUUCGCCUCUUAUAUGACGAGUACAUGUUUUACCUGGUGGAGCAUCGGGUGGCCCAGGCUACCGGAGAGACACCCAUUGGUGUCAUGGGGGAGUUUGACAGCCUCAACACCCUCUCUCUCACUAACAUUGAUAAAGAAGAAACAAGCGGGAUGGACAGCGACCUAGAAGAGGACACGGAGGAGACCGGCGAACCUCUUGCCAAGCGAGAGAAGUCAGAGCACGAGGUCAUCCAGGUGAUCCAGGUCGGGGCUUUAGAGGAUGGGUCACACCCCGUGGUCGGAGUCGUCCAGCCAAGCGUCCUCCACUCGUUGCCUCAGCCCCCUCAGGACCACAGCGAACACAUCCUCACCCCCUCUGCUGGUACUCCCACCAUCCGCCACUGCAGCGCCACAGGAAACACCUACGCCUCGGUUUGAGGGUCUGAAGCUAACACAGGCUCUGUCCUGUUUGUGCCGUCUCUCUCUCUCUCUCUCUCUCUCUCUCUCUCUCUCUCUCUCUCUCCACAUAUCUCUCUAUCUGUAAGUCUGGAUGUUUCUGUCUUUAUCAUGCAUUGUGUCUGUCUGCACUUGUGUGGACACGCUCUCCUCUCCUCGCUAUGCUCGGUCUAUGAGGGAGUGCUGACAUGAUGAUACUCUGGCCACAGUGUGCUAUUUGUGUCUGACUGCUUAGAUUCUGGAUGUGCGGCCAUCCCAUCAGUCUGUGCUCUCUCACGAUACAGCAGCUGGAGGAGAAGGACUAAGCUAGCCUGGUAAUUGUUUCCUGCCUGACUUAAUGCCUCUGUCUGUCUGUAAAGACAGAUUCUAUUUUAAAGGAUAGUUAGACUCCUUUAACCUACUGAUGUCUCAGAGCUCAAAUCCACGUCACUAGUCCCAGCGGAGCAGUGUCAUCAAUUAUUCAACACCUUUGCCUCUUGUAAAUAGUUUUGUUGUACUUUUUUAAUUGGUAUUUCCCAUGGUGCUAUCAUUGUGUUUGUUUCAAUUUCCUUUUAAUUUAUGUCUGAUUUGGAUUCCACCUGCUGAUUUGGCUAAAGAGAAUAUUUUGAGUAAUGUAUGUAGCUAUAAAACAAAGGGAUGACUUUCUUUGGAUGUAGAAAAAAAUGAUCAUGGGAAAUUUUUGUCUGUUCAGUUUGAAGAAGAAAUGGCAGCCACCCACUGAUGACCACUUUUAGAUGUUAGCCACAGAAAAAGUAACCCUAAAAAAUCUGUGCUGCUGCUUGUGUAAAUAGAAAUGAGAUUGAGAAGACUGGCUGUACAAACCACUUCCUCAAUGUUAGCUUUUCUAUGCACUUUGUGCAUAACGCUUGCCUUCGUUUGUUGAUAAUGCUCCGUAGUGCAGUUUACAUGACCAGCUUUCACCUUAAAACAACUUAGUAGACGUGUUUUCCUUUAUUUUUUGCAGUUUCUGUCUUAAAAUCUCUUGAGUUCAAGAAGGACCAAAAACAAACCACGUAGAGGAAGCUGAGAGUGAGCCAUUUGGGCCACCCGCGUGCUGUUUCCUGUCCCACAGUGCCAUGUCGCAGAGCAGAAGGAAUGUCAGGGAUUUAAUGUACCUCGGCUUAAUCAUAGUGCCUUAUCCUUACAAUGCAGCUGUCCUUUUAGUCCCGACUGUGUGCUGCACAGAGCCCACAGCCCCCUCUGCAUCGUCCCAGUCACACAUUUUUGGCUUUCUGGAGACUCGUGGCUGGAUUUGGGCGGGCUCAUCAGUGUCGAGACCACGGGAUGCAGGCACAGACCCACACCUGUUGUUCUCUCUGGAUCAGCUCUACUAAGCUUAUGUGAAUCAUGUUUUUUAGCCUUGCUCCUGCCCUCACUCUGCCCUACUGAGGCCUAUUCUCACAUUAGCCUUCGUUAUCGAGUGUGUGCGUACGAUUGCAUAAGUCUGCACUGUCUUUUUUUAAUGUACAUGUGUAUAUAAACCUGCGUGCGUGCGUACGUGUGUCUGCGUGUUUGCCUGUAUGUGUUGGAACACAUCCAUCAGUCACCCUACCUCAAACCAGUGGUGCCAGCCCUUUGACGCGUGCAGCACAGUCACCAAACCUUAUUGCACACACACUCACACACACUCUCACACACACCACUGUACUGCACAAAUCUCAACACAACAGAGAAAAGCUGGAUGGUUUUUCUCUCACCUCUGACACAUUUUCAAUUCAGUUUUUAGCCCAUCAAAUGCUUUCAUCCUUUUAGUUCCCUGUUUAAAGACCAUCUUUGUACAGUGGACCAAAAGUAGAUAUUUUGUGAUAUUCAAAGAGAUUCAGAUAUAUAUAAAUAUAAAUAUAUAUAUGUAUAGUAUAUAUAAUGAUGAUACACUACAUAUAUUUGUUGCUUUUUAUGUGUUUGAACGGAUUGUUGAUGUAUUUCCUUUGGUAGCUCCUCUGUAAUUAGUUCAUGUUAGACUGUGAAACCGGGAAGGCAUUGGGACUAACUUCAUUCAUUCGACUACAUCUAUACUUGAAUUGUUCGAGCCUUCUAUGUCGUGGAGAAAACUGAGAUUAAUCCUCUAAACAGGAAUAUUUUGUUACUAAAAAAAUGUUAUUCUUUUUUCAUGCUUGUUUAAAUGAUUUGCUGUUUCUGUGCAGAAAUGUUAAUUUAUUGAUAUUUAUUGUGUUUUGGUUUAGAUUUUCACCCAUUUUAUCAUGUUAUUAUGGGUACUGAUAGUGAAUUGUGAGUUAAUACACUGCAGUGUGCAGACCUACUGGACAGGAGGACUAGAUUUUUCUCGUUUUUUCAUUCUAAGUCAUACACUGGGAAGUUGGCUGAUUGAAAGAAGGUUUGCACUCUUAUUUGCUGUAUCCACACAAGGCUUUUCAAUAUACUAGAAAUCUAAACUUACAUGAUACAAGUAAAAAUUAACCAAUAUCAACACCUAUUUUGAUAUAAUGAAAACAAAUAUAGAAUUCUAAACCGCCAACAUGAAGACCUCUUUGUUUAAAUGAUCGAAAACUGCAAGUAAACUGCUGCUUUGGACAAAUGUGUUGCAAGCAGUGGUUUGAGCUGUUGCCUUAUAGCACGAAGGAUCCUGACUUUGACAAGGUCUUUACAUGUUAGCCCCCUGUGCAUCCAUGAGUUCUCUCCAGAUACCCCAGCUUUCUUCCCACAGACCAAAAACAUGGUUGUCAGGUGACCCGGUGACUCUAAAUUGUCCGUAGAUGCGAAUGUGAACGUGGCUAGUUUGUCUGGCUUGUGGCUGGCUGUUGAGCUGUCCACAAUGUCCCCGUCUCCCUUCUGCUCACCCAAAGAGCUGGGAUCAUCUCCAAAUAGGAAAAACAAUAUAGAUCAGUGGUUCUCAACUGGUGGAUUAGGUCUGAAAAGUGCCACAUUUUUGUGGCCAAAGAUGUUUAUAAUGUAUGAAUGCCAUAAGUGGACAUGGAUCAAUGACAUGACAUGCAUAUUUUUGUGUCCAGUCUAUUAUUUUCUUUUGAAAAAGAAAAAAAAAAUCAGUUAAUUGCUUAUAUCUGUUUGUUCUGUGAAACCUACUUUGCUUGAAUACAUUUUCAAUAUAUUUGAAUAAUAUAAUUAAUUUCAUAUUUAUGCAUCUCCAACCCUAAAAAUGUCAGGUGGUGUGAGUAUCUGAGUAAAUAACAAGAUUACUGACACUAUUGAAAUUUUUAAUUGUGAGAAAUUAAAAUUAGAAUACUUUGGCAUUAAUGCAAUCAAAUGUUUAAAAUUUUUAAUUUUCAAGUUAGUAAAAUCAUCAACAAACUUUCGUCCUGGAAUGUGCAAGUUCUUAAAUGUCAGGGUGGCACAGCCGUUACUAUUGGUAUUUUAUUUUGAAAUAGUUGGGCGGUAACACCUCACAUGUCAGUAUUGUACAGCCAACAUAAAACUGCUAAAAAUGUAUUUCAUCAUAAUAAUCUUGAUUUUAAAAAUAUGUUUCUACUUUUUAAUAUAGCAAAAGUAACAAUAUGUAUCAGAGUAUUUGUCUGUUUAUUUGAAAUUAGCGGCAAAUGUCAGGUGGUGCAGCUGAAAAAAGUGUCACUGUAUGAAAUUAAUAAAAUCAUUUAAAGCUCUUAAAUGUUUCUAAUUAGGUAAAUGAGGUAUCACAUAUUAAAAAAUGAUAAAUUAAUGUUUUGCUUGGGUGAGCUGCUACACUUUCCAGACUACAUAGGUUUAUUUUGAAGACAUACAUGUCCACCUUCUAAAAAGAAUGAAAGUAACAACAUUUGUUAAAGCAUUUACCUGUUUAAUUUGGUUACAAAUGUCAGGUGGCAACAGCCACAAAUAAAUAAAGCCUUAUAUAUCAUUGAUUUUCUUAAGAUUUCAACUCUCCUUUUCCUGGAUAACAAAGCUGGUUUUCCAAAGAUAACUUGGAAAUUCCUUGAAAAAUUACCAAAUUUCCAUGCUGUCUUUGUAAAAAAUUUAGUAGAAUAUAGUAUGCAUACCUUCUCCCGCUAGGGUCAAAACUGUAACGUGUCAUUAAAAACAUUUAAAUGGUUGAACAUUUUGAAGAAUUGGUGUUGCGGUUUCCCCAAGGAGAUGGAGGUGGGUCCUCAUGCACGGCCAGUUGAGAACCACUGAUACAGAUAAUAAAGGAUGGAUGUUGCCAACAUAUUUGUGCAAUUUAAACUAGGGAUGCAUGAUAUCAUGAUAUUGAUAUCGGCAGAUAUAAGCUUAAAAAGUUAAAUAUCAGAAUCUGCAGAUAUUAAAGUUUCCACAUAUACACAACUGUUAUAUCAGCUGUAAAUAUUGGCCGCAUGUAUGAAUAAGUUUGUGGAGUCUUAGGCAAAACCAACAGACCUGUUUCAGCUAAAGUUUUUUUCUUUGUUCACCCUCAUACCUUAAACUCAAGUGGUUUCUAAGGACGCAAGUCUGUUUCUUUGUUAAUGCUUGAAUUUAAAUUGGGUCUUAAGUUAUGUAGUUUAAAUCCUUGUAAAGUGAAAUUAACACACUAGAAUGUUGGAAUAAGGUUGCUUUGAAAGUGAAAACAUUGAGAUCUAUGUGUGACUGAAUUUUGGCUUCAGACCGUUACAAAGUUUUUCACCUCUUUCUUGGCUUGGUUUGAUUUGGGCAGGUAUAUAGCAGCCAACAACGUCAUCAGCUGCUAUGGGGAAGUACCCCACCCCCCUAAUGCUAAAACAAUACAAAAUCAACCAGCAGUUCAUCUCAGUACAGUAUGUUAUUAGCUGGUGUCAAUAAAUUUCCCAAAUCUAUCAGCCACAGUAGCCUGAAGGUCAUUAAAAGUAUUACAACAGAGAGAUUUGUACCAGAAAACUUUAAAUUGAAUCCCUAAAUUCUUUGUCUCUGCUCUAGCACCGAGCCAGGCAGCUGCGCUUUGACCAUAGUUCCCUGUAAGGUCAGGUGGCAGGCUAAUUGCUGGAGUGCCUGUCUAUGUUUCACUUAAACCAGAUGCAGCAGGAACAAACAUCUUACCUGUUGAAGAUGUGUUUAAAUCCAUAUUUCACUUGUCCUUUGUCCUUGAUAAUUAAAAAAAAAAGCAGGCUGUGGCUUUGUCUCUCUCAAAGCAGAAACCAUUCAAUCCCUUAUGUCUGUUAGCAUCGCAAUGCUAAAGUAUAGGAAAGUAUCUGUUAAUAGACAUGGCCUAUUUCUGCCAAGACUGUCACAAUAUAGGCCUCCAAUGCUAAUCAUUAUAAAAGACUUUUAUUUUGACGUGCAACAUUAGGAAAUGGAUUGUUUUCAUUAGCAACUUGACAACAAAGAUGGCUCAUUAACAGGAGAGAUGCAUAACUUCACACAAGGCAAAAAAUGAGAUAUUAGAUAUACUUGGAGUGCUUAAAUUUUGAGAGGAUUUCUUGUGAGUGGGCAUGGCUUCAGCUCAUUCAACCAAAACACCCACACCACCCUAGAGCAGAUAUUAUUGCCUCAUUUUGAAACCUUAUUUCAUAAACUUAGAGACAUUUUCAUGACUUAAAUUUGGCCCGGCGUUUCAUAACACAGUGGCCUGUCAUACAACAAACCUUAAAAAUACAUAUUUUUUUAUCACUUUACAGGGACUUUAAUGUUCUACAUUUAUAAAUGGGCACUGGCAAAAAUUAAUUUGUAAAUACAGGCAAAAAUCCAACAUUGUGCAUCCUUUUUUUAAAUCUGUACAGGAGUUUGCUUGCAGCUUUUCCCAAUAAGAAUAGUGCUGCAGUGAUGCUAGUUUUUGAUCCAAAAUAAGAUACAAAUAGAAUGAAAUCAUAUUGAUACCUGUUUCGACACCACAGCAACUAAACGUAUACAUUCGAGGCACCAAAUAUCGGGUAAUUUCUUGUUUUAAUUAUCAUGAGUGAACUCCUGCACAUUGUCUACUGCACAUAAGCAUUGGCAACGUUUUGGUUACCGACAUAUUUUUGCAAUUUAGACUGUAUGGAGGAGUUUUCAGUCCUGCUUUGGGCACCUGUCUUGGCCUGUCAUGUUUUUUAAAACUUUGACACUUGUGUUCAUGAAAAAUAAAGUAGAGAAUGUACUGUUCAAACCAUGGUGUCAAAAUGUAUCGAACAUUUUGACAAUCUUAACUAACUUUCCUUGAGUUUGUUUCAAUCAAGUUCUAUAAACACUUUAAGUGGACAGGCUUUAGCGGUACUUGUCUGAUCAUGUCUAGCUUUUACCAGAUCUAAGGAAUCACACAAACCUGGCUUUCUUAUUGUGCUGCUGGAGGAUGGUUGGAAAAGUGUGCAUGGAAAGGUCAUUGAACUUGAAGUAGCUGCAAGUUGAAGGCCUGAGGCGUUUUUGUUUACAAGAGUGUGUAACCACAAUGAACUGGGAUGAUAGAUCGCUCCCUGCCUCCUGGUGUUAAACUGUCAACCUGAGUGCAGAGACGGUAAUGAAACUGGUUGAUAAAUAUUGAAUCAUCAUCCUUUCUGCUUUCUCCAGAGCUGCACAUAAAGCUGUUUGUAUAUGAACUACUGAGAUAUUGCAUUCCCAUUGCUGCAUUUUUUAAAGACUUGAGUUGUAAAAAGUGAAAUGGCUGUUAACAUUUUAAUUUGUGUUCAAAUCUGGAGAGUGUGUACGGGUAUGGAAUGAUUUUGCUCAUGGCAUCUUUAACUUUUCUUUUGUGAAUCUCAGCUCUCUUGUCACAUAAUGAACUACAAACUUGUAGAUGUAAAGUUGUAUAAUUUUGUGCCUGAGUGGAAAAUGGCUUAUGAAAUGUUUCCUUUGUGUGCUUUAGGAUCAUAAGUGCUUUCUGGUCGUGCACGCCUCCCAUGUGCUGCUAGAAACUUUUUGUUCCCUUCUCUUUUCUUUCUUCUUUCUAUAGACUUGAUGUGCCAGACAGUGAUUUAGCUUUCUGCAUCUCAAAGGCUGCCUGGAAACACUGAACUGAUGUUAAUGCUGCCAACACAAUUGUACUUUAUUUCUGUAAGAUCGUUUUUGUUACAGCUGUUUGCAAAAGAGCCCGUUUCCAACCAGGAAAAAAAAAAAACUUUCCGUUACUUGUUACAGGAGUGAAAAAAAGCUCAAAUAUGCCUCUCCACAUGAACACAAUGGCAGCUUCACUGACCCAUAGCAGACUCCAGUGCCUUUAAUUUCACCCCGGCCAGAGCAGGUGGCCUGGGUGACUGUUGGGUCUCUGGUGGGCUACAGAUCGAGGCUGACGUGCUGCCGCCAAGGAAGCAUUUAGACCUGUUUUUAGACUGGACUCUUUAUUUACUGGAUGUGACACCACAAAGCAUUCACUCUUAUUUAGUUUACACAUCAUAGAUUACCUGCGAACGGCUUUUUAUUGUACAGAACUGGUUAAUGAACAAGGAGAGUUGCUGUAAGUAAAAAAAAAAAAGAAAAAAAAAAAAGAAAGCUCUCUUUUGACUUGUUUUCUCAUGAUCGUGAUUUCUUUUGUCAAAUAUUUCCUGAAUGCUGUGACCUGUUUGAGAUUUGUAUUUUGGAUGUGAUUUUCAAGUGCCAUUUGACAGUGUAGUGAGUCGUGGCCAGCUGUAGCACGCUCUAAUGCAAGCACAAGCAUUUGGCAGUGGCAUUUGGGGAUUUUUUUUUUUUUAAUUCACCCUAGACAAAAAUAUGUAUAUAUCAAAACUGAAAAAGGUAUAUUUAUUUGUGUCCUAAUUAUUUGAUUUGUUCUUUUGGUGAAAAUUUUAUCAGAUAUGUUCGGCUAAAGUGCUUUUGUGAUUUCCUUUUCCUCUUUUUUUGUUUAAUGUGUAGUAUCUGAUAUAAUAUAUAUUCACACAGAUUUCAUGUGACUUUCUUUUUGUGUGCCAUUCAGUUUUUUCUUCUCGAUUUGGCGAGCAAACCAAUGCGUGUUGGGUGAUUUGUAUUGUGUAUUUUACAUAAAAAAACAAGGACAAUUGGGGGACUUUUAUAUUUAUAAAGACGAUAUCAUUUAGUGUGUCGUAUUGAUGAAUAUAGAAACUAUUAAAGACACAUGUAGUUUGGUUUUUCUGAAUAUUUCAGAUCUCAGCUCAGGCUAGCUUCUUAGUGUUGUUUUCUUAAAAUUUGUGACUUGUCUUUGCAGUA